AUUGUUUUUAAUUUUUGCAGCAAGAAAUUAGAGAAGCUCUGGAUAAAGCCUGUACUAUAUUGCCAGCUUCUAUGUGGUCACAAUGUCAGAGUUUUGUGGAUAAAUAUACUGACACUAUAGUUUCUCUCAUUAUUCAAGAAGUUAAACCAUCAGCCAUAUGCAGCACACUUGGCCUAUGUUCCAAAAACUUUAAAAACCCAAUAAAAGGCCAAAUUACUUGUGAACUUUGUCAAGAUGUAAUGACAUAUUUGAAACAAGUUUUAAAAGAUCCCAAAACAGAGGACGAAAUAAAAAAAGCCUUAGAUGAAGUCUGCUCAGUUCUUCCCCAAUCACUAACACAACAAUGUGAAGACUUUGUAAAUCAGUAUACUGAUUUAAUUAUUUCUUUGCUCUUACAAGAAUUUGAUCCGGACGAAAUAUGUGCAAAAUUAGGAUUGUGUCCCAAAAAUGAGAGUCUUCAGAAUGUUGAAGAUACAAAUAUAGAAUGUACCUUAUGUAAAGAUAUAAUGGAAGCUUUGGAAACUAAAUUAAAAGAUAAAAGUACAGAGGACGAAAUCAGGGCCGCUUUGGACACUGUAUGUUCGCUAUUACCCGCAAGUUACGCCAAAAAAUGUCAAGAAUUUAUCGAUAAAUAUACCGAAACCAUCGUCACGCUUUUAGUUCAAAAUAUUAAACCAAGAAUGAUCUGCUCGCUUCUGAACAUUUGUCCUUCCGAGAAUUUGGAAUGCACCCUUUGCCAGUACUUCUUGCACUUCUUGCAAGGACAACUCGUGUCAAAUUCUACCGAGCGAGAAAUUAAGGACCUGGUGGAGAAAGUCUGCUCUUACCUGCCCGAGAGUUUAUCUUCCGAAUGCCGCGCCUUCGUGGACGAAUACGGCGACGCCAUAGUGGUUCUCUUGGCCCAAGAGAUCGAUCCCAGCGUGGUCUGCCCCCUGUUCAAACUGUGCCAGUCGGUCGGACGGGAGGCUAAGACGGAACUGAAUACCUGCGACGUGUGCCGAGCCGUCGUCGAUUACCUGGACGGGUUGUUGGAAGACAACCAAGUGGAUCGGGAGAUCACCGACUUGGCCAGUCGAGUCUGUCGGCUUCUACCCGCUUCUUCCCGACAAGAGUGCGUGUCCAUCGUGGAGCUGUACGGACCCACUAUCCUGAAGACCAUCGGCACCCUGGCCGACGGCCGACGGGUGUGUCAGUCCGUCGAACUUUGUCCCCGGGCACCGGGGGCGGCCCGUCUGUUGGGAGCCGAGAAGUGCACAUUCGGCCCAGACUACUGGUGCAAGAGCCGGGCGCACGCCGCCGCCUGCCAGGCGGAAGAUUUCUGCCGAAGAAAAGUCUGGAAGAAUUGACAGAAGACUACUUAAAGCGCGUGGCCCGGUCGUCCGGGCGUUUAAUCCUCCUUUUUGAUUUUCUAACGGCGCCUUUAGACGGGCGUCUUGUGGUCCCAUCGGCCAAUAUUUUAAUAGAUAAAUAAACGAAUUUUGUAAUUACCGAAGGUA